GAGCUUUGCGCGGGCAGCUUCGGGUCAUCAAUUGGCAAAAAGCUGUGGUUGUUGGAAGAAAGCUUGACGACGACCACCGAAGAACCGAACCGAGGGAGAAAAGGCGUUGGCACAGUUAUCACUCUGGAUUCCCCCCCCCUCAUAGUCCACCGCCAGAGGGCAAUCGCCUUUAAUUAAAUUUUAAAUGUUUCCCCAGGCGAUUCUUGCCAGAGCAGCGGCUCCAUGUCGCGCUGCCGCCAGACCAAGCUCCUCCAUCUUCAGAGCCGCCGCCGCCAUGCCCCUCAGAGCUAAGCUGCUGCCUCAGCAGCAACCACAAUCACGAAUGAUGUCCUCCUCCUCCUUCGCCCACUUCAACCCCUGCCCCAACGACGACCCCGAAGACGUCCUCUUCCAAUCCCUCUAUGGCCUCCGCACCAUCGAGCUCAACCGCCCCAGCAAGCUUAACGCCCUCAACGGGUCCAUGAUCCGGAAAAUCGCCCCCCGCCUCCUCGAGUGGUCCAAAUCCGACAUGGCCAACGUCAUCGUCAUCAAAGGUGCCGGCCGAAAGGGCUUUUGCGCGGGUGGUGACGUCCAGCAACUCGUCGAAUGGAACCGAGACCCUACCAUUGAUGGCCCUGCGAAGUCGGCUGCCUACUUUGCCCAAGAGUACAAGCUCAACCAUCUGAUCGCCACGUACAACAAGCCAUACAUCGCCUUCAUGGACGGGUUCACCAUGGGCGGUGGGGUUGGAUUGAGCAUUCAUGCCCCUUUUAGGAUCGCCACCGAGAACACGGUGUUUUCUAUGCCGGAGACCACGAUUGGGUUUUUUCCCGACGUGGGCGCGAGUUUUUUCCUGCCGAGGAUGGCGGGGGAGGUGGGGACUUGGUUGGCGCUGACGAGCGGGCAGUUGAAGGGGGUGAAUGCUUUUUAUGCGGGGGUUGCGACGCAUUAUCUGCACAGCUCGAGCUUGAACGCGCUGGAGAGCAGGCUGGCCGAGUUGAGGUUUAAGGACUAUGACCAGAUGAGCAGGAGGUUGGAGAUUGUGAAUGAUACUAUUGAGGAGUUUGUCACGGGACUGCCGUGGGAGGAGCCGAUGGCGGUUGCGGGGGAGGUGAGGAGGGCGAUUGAUAGGUGUUUUGGGUUUGACACGGUGGAUGAGAUUAUGCAGGCUUUGAAGGAGGAGGAGAAAAAUGAGGUUACGGGGGAGUGGGCGAUGAAGACGCUGAACACGUUGCAUUUGAGAAGCCCGACGUCGGUGCAUGUUACGUUGAAGCAGAUGAGGAUUGGGAAGACGUGGAGUAUUGCUGAGGCGUUCAAGAGGGAGCAUUCGAUUGCGACCAAGUUUAUGUCUUACCCUGAUUUUAACGAGGGGGUUACGGCUAAGUUGGUGGAGAAGCCGAGGAGGGUUCCGAUGUGGCAGCCGGCGAGCCUGGAGAGGUUUGCUGAGAAGAAGGAUUGGAAGGAGCUGGUGGGUUCGUUCUUUUUGGUGGAUGAUAAGGGGCCGAAGUUUAAUCUGUUGAGCGAGGAGACGUACGACAAGUAUCCUUUCAAGAACUUUGGCGUGCCUACCGAGGAGGAGGUGGAGCAGAAGGUGGCCGAGGGCAAGUUCAAGAGCAGAGCGGAGGUGUUGGAACAUUUUGUUAGGGAGAGGAGGCAGAAGCAGGGUGUUGAGGUGGUUGUGAGCGAAAUUCUGUUGAGGAAGACAAAGGAGGGCAAGAAGGGUUUGACUUGGGUGUAUGGGGAGGAGGCACCUGGGCAGCAAGAGUAGAUUUGUAUAGUGAGUAGAGUUGUAUCAUAUGAAGACACAUGAGAGC